AUGUUUCAAUACCACCAAGCCUUUGGAUUUUCUCUAACACAACUGCAGACUGCAUCAUAUCCCACACGCAGCUUGGAGUUUCUCCAGAAAUUGGAUCAAGCAGGGACGAAACCAUCACCAUUGCUUUUCAAGGUGAUUGUCGUAGGCGCCGGACUUGGUGGUCUCGCCACUGCAAUUGCUCUGGCCCGGAAAGGUCACGUUGUUACUGUGCUCGAGCAAGCUCCGGCACUUGGUGAGGUCGGAGCCGGUAUCCAGGUUCCCCCCAAUUCUGCCAAAUUACUCCUGAAAUGGGGGCUAGGGCCACUUCUCGGAGAUAGAGUCGUCGAGCCUGAAGGCAUUACCUUUCGACGAUGGAGCAAUGGAAAGCCUAUUGGCUAUACCAAGCUCCAACCAGACUUUCGCAGCUCAUUUGGGGCACCUUAUUACGUGGUCCACAGAGCCCAUCUCCAUGAUGCGUUGCACCAACUUGCGCUACAGCUCGGAGUAGAUGUCAAAGUCAACCACAAAGUGAUUGAGUACAAUGAAGACGGCCCUUCCGUUAAAGUUGAGGAUGGCACCGUACUUUCGGCCGAUCUUAUAAUUGCUGCCGAUGGUGUCAAAUCUUUAGCACGCGACCACAUCCUGCGUCACGAGAAAAAAGACCCCAUUCGCACAGGUUUUGCUGCUUACAGAGCGACCGUGGAUGUGGAAAAGAUGCGCGACGAUCCUGAUACCGCAUGGCUCCUGGAGAAACCCGCUCUCAACAUUUGGAUCGGCCCUGAGCGGCAUGUCAUGACAUACACGAUUGCCUCUGGCAAAUCUUUCAAUAUGGUGCUGUCUCAUAUUGAUCAUUCCGAUCCUAGCACCUGGCGCCCGGAGACGGCUAUUGAUGACAUGAGGGCUUAUUUCGAGGGAUGGGAUCCAAAGCUGUCCAAGGUCAUUAGUAAGAUCAACAAGACGCUCAAAUGGCCGUUAAUGUCCGGAGAUGCGUCUAUCUCGCACUGGGUUUCUCAAUCUGGCAAGCUUCUGAUGCUCGGUGAUGCUGCACAUGCCAUGGUUCCGUACAUGUCGCAAGGUGCUGCCAUGGCUGUUGAAGAUGGAGCCGCUCUGGCAACAUCAUUGUCUCAUGUUACAGACCUCUCAGACUUGCCAAAGGCACUUUCCAUCUUUGAGGCCGAGCGCAUGAAACGCAGUGGGCAGAUGCAAGAAGCGAGUCUCGUAAAUGGCAAGAUAUGGCAUUUCGAAGACGGACCUGAGCAACAAGCUAGAGACGAAGCAAUGAGGCCAGAAGUUGAGGGGAGGCACUUCAUUCAGAGCCCUAACCAGUGGAGCGAUCCAGUAACGCAAGCGUGGGCAUACGGGUAUGAUGCUGAGGAAGAAAUUGAGAAGCAAUGGAAACAGUCGAAAUAA